UCUUGCUGCUGCCAGGUCCAGAGUGUGUCAUGGGUCCCUGUACGGCCUCCCAUUGCUGCUGUCUCCAUCGCCACACUCUGCCAUGUGCCACUUUCAGGUCUCCUCACACUGCUGGUGGGUUCCAUUUUGUCAUAGGGUGCUGGCAGAUUACGGGCCUCCCAUUGCUGCUGCCAGGCCCGUAAUCUGCCAUGGGCCCCUGUACCGCCUCCUCAUGCUGCUGCCAGGUCCAGAGUGUCUCAUGGGUCCCUGUACGGCCUCCCAUUGCUGCUGUCUCCAUCGCCACACUCUGCCAUGUGCCACUUUCAGGUCUCCUCACACUGCUGGUGGGUUCCAUUUUGUC